AUGGCGGGCCGCUUCGGUGAAUCGAUAGUUGAGGCCGACGGCGGCGGCUUUGGCGGCGUGCAAAUCGGCGGCGGCGAAAGCGGGCGCGAAAGGACUGGAAGGCGACCGCCUGUAUUCUGCCUGCCGUCUUCUACAGGGAUGAAAGGUGUUCGAUGGAAUGCCGGUGAGAGGUGCUCAUCUACAGACUACAGGGAUGCACGGAUGUCAUGCAUGAAAGGGAGAAGGAAUUCUAAACAUGCACUUCAUCUCUGGGUGAUGAGAGCCCUUGGUGUAGCACAUCUUCAAGUUCUCAAAGGUCGUCUGGACUACAAGAAGAGCGUACUUGUUGAUCCUGAGGUGAAGAGGAUCCAUGAUAGUGCCAUCAACACCUGGCUGAAUGAGCUGAAAGACAUCAUGUAUGAUGCUGAUGAUCUGAUUGAUCUCUGUUCCAUCAAGAGCCAGAGAUCAUCCCAUAGCCAGCUAUCCUCUAUGCUGAAUCAACGGGUAUGCCACAAAGCCCCAUCCUUCUCUUGUCUUGGAGACUUUCAAUUCAACUGUGAGAUUGGUUAUAGAAUUAAGGACAAUAACAAAAGACUCGAAAGAAUUUUGAAGGACAGAGUUAUGCUUAGGUUGGACAGAAUUAUCCCUGAGCAUACUAGCGUCCCUAAUGUAGACAUCUGUCAGACUGAUUCUUUGCCCGAUGUUGUUGGGGCAGAUAUUGUAAACAGUACCAAUGAGAUGGUUGAGAAACUGAUUGCUUACAGAGAUGUGGAUUCAAAAUUCUGUGUUUUUUGGCAACGAGGCGAUGCCAGGAAUUGGUAA